UGUUGUUGGUUUCGGCUCGACUCGGCUCUGCUCGGUUCGGACAUUUAAAACAUAUAUUUCAAAGGAUAUUAUUAAUUAUCCAGCUCUACAGCCAGGUCUCGGCUGGAGUCUUUUCCCUCUAGUGUUCCUGACCCGUGUGUUAGAGGAAAUGCGCCACGACGAUUCAGCCGCCAGCCGGAGGAAGGGCACCACUCCGAAACGUCGGCCUCCGCAGCCGGGCCCGAGCACCUCUGGUUCAACGCGGCGGUCGCCGAGAUCACCGAGAUCACCGAGGUCACCGAGGUCACCGAGGAGGAGCGGAGUUUCAAGAGCUUCUGCUGUGUCUCCCAGGAAGAAGAGGUUUCGUCCAGGAACCAGAGCUUUGAUGGAGAUCCGUAAAUACCAGAAAGGCACCGACCUGCUGCUCAGGAAGGGACCGUUCUCCCGCCUGGUCCGUGAGGUGUGUCAGAGUAUUUCCCAUGAAGCUCUCAGGUGGCAGGUGUACGCUCUGAUGGCCCUGCAGGAGGCGGCAGAGGCGUUCCUCGUCCGCUUGUUUGCCGACGCCAACCUGUGUGCCAUCCACGCCAAGCGGGUCACCAUGUUCCCCCGCGACAUCCAGCUGGCCAGAAGGAUCCGAGGAGCCGACACCUUAUAAACCCCCUCCCCCACCACUCACCACCCACUGUUUCAAAAAAGGACGUUUUUUUCUGUUUCUAUGUUCUCGCAGCUUCAGUUUGAGGUCAGCUGCAAAUAUCAAGCCUACAACAUCUUUCACCAAACUCGGGUUCAUGUUUUAGUUUGUGAGAGUGAAGAAUUUUGAGUUUGCAGGUUUUAAAAAGGACAAAUGUUCACUGAAGUUCAGCUCCUUUUUAUCAAUAAUGGUCUUUGUCAAGCAGUUAAAUGUAUCUAC